CCCUGCCGCACGGCCAUGAUACCGAAGCAUUUUUUCCUUCUCCUCCCUCCAUCGCCUCGCGUCUCGCUCCCCCGCUAUCACCACAGGCGAGGCCAUGCCGCCGUUGCCCCCGCUACCGCCGCCGCCCAUCGCAGCCUGGGACUCAGCUGCCCUGCCCCGACACGGACGCCGCUGCCUCUCUCCCCUACCGCGAACGCCGCCCACUCCCUCCCUAGCCACGGCGCCGCCCUCCAAGGCCGCCACCUCCGCCUCCGCUGGCCAAGAUGCAUGGACGGCCCGUCGCCGACGCGCUCCUCCCCUGCGGGCGACGCCAUGGAUACUGGAUCGCCGCUUCCCCACUUCCAUCACCGCCGCCGCCGCAAGCUGGCCUCCUCCACCUGCAUCCCUCACCGACUGCACUGUGGCGCCUCCGUGGUGGGCCGCGAGCCCACGAGGACGAGGGUGGCCUCGGCACCGGCAAAGAGAUCCCGCAACAGCGAGUUCAUCCACGCCUCGUCUCCUCGUCCGCAACAGCUUCUGCGAUCCUUUCGAGCUCGCCCCCGCCGUCCGCCUUGUCCGCCGGCUCUUCCCUGCAGCGACCCUUCAGCCUUCUUGCUUGCUGGUCAGAAUAGAUGUGUUUCAGAGAUAUUUCAUUUAACAAUCUGAGAGGUCCAUUGCCAAAGAUUUCCAGAAGAACCAUGCUGGAAGCUACUGUCAAUUUCCGGCCACACCAUCUCAAUGCAGCAGGAAGGAAAUGAAUACUCUAAUUAUCGAAAAUGUGCGUCUUGGCAUGUGAAUUUGUUUGUUAAAGUGACGAGCUUUGCAUGCGUAUCUGCAGUUAGUACGCAUUGCAUAUCAGAGAACAAAUUGCCAAGGGAAACAAUACAUGUAGGGAAGGAUUGCCAAGAUGAACGAACUCAGAAAGCAUUUAUUUCUUUUGAACAAAUCAGUAAAGGGUCUGAAAAAUUGCCUCCCAUUGUUAUGCUUCUCCUGCUUCAUUGGGGGUCUUUUGCUUGGGUAUUCUCUUGGAAUUUCAGAUUUUGGUUACCAUGUUUCAGCUUUAUUUGUGUAACAGAUGAAUAAGGUUUCACUAUAAUAGCUGCACGAACUUACUAUGAGUGUAUAUAAUUUGUACACAUAUUGUGU